AACGUGUUAUUAUGUUUUAUGAUUUUUUCUUUAUACAAUGUCUUGGUGUAGGGCACCAAAAUGCAGGCUUUCGUUUUACAAAAAAACACUACUGCUUACGAGCAUUUGCUGAAAGAAAAUCAGUGUUUAACUAUUCGUAAUCCUUCUCUUGGAGAAAACCGUCAGAAAGUGAAAUACGUUCAUAGUUCGUUCAAGAUAAAUCUAAAUGAGACCACGAUUGUCGAGCAAUCUGCCGAACCUGUUGGUGCUGAAUGGGGAUUUGAUUUUUCUCCAUUUGAGUCUGUUGUUGAAGACCCUGAUAAUGACGGCAAGUCAUUCAAAAGCCCUAUUGACGUUAUCGGUUUUGUGGUUAAGUGUCUUCCGUCAGAGGAGAAGACUGAAAAUAAUAACGGGAAAGAUGAGAAGAAGGCUACCUUUAUACUGGAGGAUUUGCAACACCAGCAGAUUUACGUUACUCUAUGGGGGGUUUAUGCUGAUCAGAUUAUUGAAUUUCAAAGAGAACAUAAGGAUGAAAAAAAUGUUGUUGUGGUUGUUCAGUUUGGAAAUUUGUUCGUAUCCAAUUUGUAUACUGUAACUCGAGUCUUCAUAAACACUGAAAUUCCCGAGAUUUUGGAAUUUAAAAGAAGUUUCCUUGCUCAGCUAAAUACGUCAACGUCUUCCGGUUACUCUGGUUUGAGUUCCCCUGUUAUGAAGUCAAUGGCUGAGGAGUAUCUUUCUGAUAUUUCCUUCAGUACAAUUGGAGCAUUAACCAGAAUAUCAGAAGUAAUAUUACGUUUAAUAGUAUUUUAUUGA